CCACCCACGGCGCCACAGGAGCUGGAGCUGAUGGAAAACAUCUUGACGAGCAAGCAGGAUGAGAGCUGGGAGCAGCGGGGCCCCCGGGCCUCCUUCACCCGCCAGGAACGGAGCCGCCUGCUCUGGGAGGAUGUCAGCGUCAUGGAGGAGGAUGCCACCAAAGUCACCGCCCUGAAGCUGAGGCUGGAUGAGUCCCAAAAAGUGCUGCUCAAGGAGCGGGAGGACAAGCUGGCGCUCAGCAAGAGCAUCGAGAAGCUGGAGGGCGAGCUCAGCCAGUGGAAGAUCAAGUACGAGGAGCUCAACAAGAGCAAGCAGGAGGUGAUGAAGCAGCUCAACAUUCUGAAGGAGAUCCACCAGGACGAGCUGGGGCGCAUCUCUGAGGACCUGGAAGACGAGCUGGGUGCUCGCUCCAGCAUGGACAAGAAGCUGGCCGAGCUGCGCGCGGAGGCCGAGCUCUUUGAGAAGAACAAGGAGCUGGCCGACCUGAAGCACAUCCACACCAAGCUGAAGAAGCAGUACCAGGAGAAGAUGGCCGAGCUGGCCCAUGCCAACCGCCGCGUGGAGCAGCACGAGGGCGAGGUGAAGAAGCUGCGCCUGAGGGUGGAGGAGCUGAAGAAGGAGCUGGCCCAAGCCGAGGACGAGCUGGAUGAGGCCCACAACCAGACGCGGAAGCUGCAGCGGUCGCUGGAUGAGCAGACGGAGCAGAGCGAGAGCUUCCAGGUGCAGCUGGAGCAUCUGCAGUCCCGGUUGCGGCGG